UAUAAACCUAAUAAAGAAAAUUAUAAAUUAUAAAUAAUUUAAAUUACCAUCUCGUCCCAAUUAUGCUCACAACUUGAAGAACUACAAGUCAAGCUUAGAAUUCGAAUAACAAAUCUCUUCAACUCCGGAGUUGCAUCACCAAACAUCUCCCACCAUUCACCAGGAUUUAAUGCUUUCCUGCAUUCCUUUGCAUCUUUCAUUCCAAACAACUUAUGUCAACUGUUUGGACUUCUCCUUUACUAGCAUUGGCAACUGUUUGUUUUCCUUUAAAGCCAAACAACUUAUGUCAUCCUUCAACACUUUCACUUUCUUCAUCUUCUUCAUUCAACUUUCUUCUCUUUAAUGCUGCAUGUUUAGCUUCUGCAACUAUCUUUAUCAUCAAUUUUUUUAUUUCUUCCGAAAUAGAGGCACAAGGUUCAGAAUCCUCCCUAGUUCCAACAAGAUGAUGUUUGAAUCUAAAUAUCCCUCCACUCAGAAUCUUUGAGCAAUAGUUACAUUUAACUUUUCUACCAUUGCCAUUAAUAUCAAACUCAUGUUUCCAUCAAAUAUCAAACCGGUUCCCCAAAGCAUUUUUACUUUUACUCUCGAUAGAUGAGGAUCCACUUGGAUUAGUAUCCACUAAAUUUGAUGCAUUUCCACACAGUGAUCUAACUUUUCACUACAAAAUUAACAAAAAAAAAAUUCCCAGGUGCCUAGAAAGAGAAAAAACAAGUAGCGGAGGGCGAAUAUGAGAUAUUACGAGGGGAGAGGAGACGCAACGGCGAAUCUGCAAUCACUACUGUCGACGACGACGCGAGGCGAGAUGCGACAGAGAGGCGAGACAGAGGCGACGACAAGGCAACACGAACACGACGGCGAGGUGAGGCAGAAGCAGACGAACGCGAUGCGAACUGCAGUGGCCGGAGACGCGAUGCGAACUGCAGUGGCCGGAGACGCAAUGGUGAAAGCAGCGGUCAACACUUCCAAGCGCGACAGCGAGCGCGGCGGCGAACAACUCCAGACGCAAGAGCUUCGAUAGGCAAAACGCAACUGAACGACAACCCUAAAUCACGAAAAUUUAGGUUCUAAAUUGCCAUGAGUUUGCCAUAUACAUCUUAGCACCUUUGAUAUAUGCUAUUGUUUACGGGUGUUCAGAUGCAACAAUAGUUCUGGGAGCAGGAGGCAAGCUUAUCAUUAAAGAACUUGGCUUGAAGCUUGAAAAAGUGGAUUUGGAUAUGCUUGGUACUUGAAAAAAAGGUAUGCAGGGACAUCUUUUCAAAUGGAUUCGCCAUCCUUUCUUGCGUAGAGUGAUUGUUACCUCUCCAAGUUCAAGGAUCCGUAAUGGUGCAAUGGCUGGAAUAGUCUUAGGUACAAUUGUCUUUGUGGUUACUUUUUCUACAAUUGUUACAAUUGAGAGAUUCUCGUACACCUUCUAAACGGGACAAAAGGUGAGUACCUUAAAAUGAAUAACCUUGCCUAUGAUUAUUUCCUCUCUUUGACUUGUCUUCAAUGCUUCUAGGAUUUCAAAAAGAAUGUAAAGGUAUAACAUCAUUUUAUUAUGAAGAAAUUGCAGGCGCUACAAACAAUUUUAGUGAAGUAAAGUUUUAGCUGAAUGAGUUGCAUUGGACAGGGUUUUCAGCAUGGCCAACUCCUCCUCCAUUUACUCGAAGCGUGUUCAACCAUUCAGUCAUUCAAGAUUGUUAAAUGUCUCCAUGCAGUCUCCAUCACAAUUGGUCCCAUUCCAAAGCAAUCCAUUUUCAUUCACAACAACAUCCUCUCCUCAUACAUUUCCCUUGGUGAAGUGCUCCACGCACGCAAGAUGUUCAAUGCUAUGCCUCAUAGAACAGUUGUCUCUUACAACACUCUCAUCAAUGCUUAUUGUCGACUUGGGCAUGUGGAUGAUGCAUGGGACCUUUUCUCCCAUAUGAGGUGGACUGGUUUUGCACCUACCCAGUACACACUCACAGGGUUGUUGUCGUGUGAGUUCUUGAAUCUUUCAUUAGGUGCUCAGUUGCAGGCUUUGAGCAUCAGGAAUGGACUCUUUGAUGCCGAUUCUUUCGUGGGUACUGCUUUAUUGGGCUUGUUUGGGAGGCAUGGACAUUGGGAUGAAGUUUUUUCUACCUUUGAAUAUAUGCCCCAGAAGAGCUUGGUGACAUGGAACUCCAUGAUGUCAUUGUUGGGGCGUAAUGGGUUUGUUGAAGAGUGUAAGCUUUUGUUUCAUGAUCUUGUAAGGACAGGUAUGUCUUUGUCGGAAGGUUCUUUUGUUGCUGUGUUGUCUGGACUUGUUUAUUUUGAGGAAGAUUUGGAAUAUGGUGAACAAAUACAUGGGUUAAUGGUCAAAUGUAGGUUUGAUUAUGAAAUUAGUGCACUUAAUUCUCUUAUCAGUGUGUAUGUCAGGUGUAAAGCUAUGUUUGCAGUAGAAAGAUUGUUUGAGCAAGUUCCUAUUCAGAAUGUUGUGUCCUGGAAUACAAUUAUGGAUGCAUUAGUUAAAGGUGGGAAACCUAUGGCGACACUGGAAUUGUUUUUGAGUAUGGUAAGCAGAGGAUUGAUGCCAACUCAGGCCACUUUUGUUGUUGUUAUUGAGUCUUGUAAUUGCUUGAGAAUUGUGGUAUUUGGAGAAUCCGUCCAUGCUAAGGUAAUCAGGAGUGUCUUUGAGACUGAUGUUAUCAUGGGCACUGCACUGAUAGACUUCUAUGCCAAAUGUGAUAAACUUAUUUUAGCUAAAAAAUGUUUUGAUCAGAUAGAAGCGAAAAAUUUGGUUUCUUGGAAUACUUUGAUAGUGGGUUACUCAAACAUUUGUUCUUCCACAGCAAUUCUAUUGUUACAAAAAAUGCUUCAAUUAGGUUAUUUCCUAAAUGAGUUUUCUUUUUCUGCUGUCCUCAAGUCAUCUUCAGUGUCUAGCCUUCAUCAACUCCACAGUUUGAUUAUAAGAACAGGGCACAAGAGUAAUGAAUACGUAUUAAGCUCUCUCAUCUUGUCUUACACCAGAAAUGGUCUCAUCAAUGAAGCACUUUCUUUUGUUAAAGAAUUUGAGAAUCGGCUUCCCGUAGUUGCAUCUAACAUCAUUGCUGGAAUCUAUAACAAAAAAUGCCAGUACUAUGAUGCAAUAAAACUACUUUCUUUACUUGAAAAACCAGAUGUUGUGUCUUGGAAUAUUGUCAUUUCAGCUUGGGCUCGGAGCAAUGAUUAUGACAAGGUUUUUGCACUUUUCAAGCAUAUGCAUUCAACAUGCAUUCUUCCAGAUAGUUACACAGUUAUGAGUGUAUUAUCUGGGUGUACCGCACUUUGUCGUUUGGAUUUAGGUAGUUCUCUACAUGGACUUGUUAUAAAGACUAAUCUUGGUAAUUUUGACACGUUCCUUGGCAAUGUACUAAUUGACAUGUAUGGAAAGUGUGGAAGCAUUGAUAACUCAAUGAAAGUUUUUGAAGAAAUUAUGCACAAAAAUAUGAUUACAUGGACCACUUUAAUCACUGCACUUGGGUUAAACGGUUAUGCUUAUGAGUCAGUAAUGAGAUUUCGAGACAUGGAAAUGAUGGGAUUGAAGCCUGAUGCCUUAGCAUUCAGAGCAGUACUUUCUUCAUGUAGAUAUGGCGGAUUAGUGGAAGAAGCCAUGCAAAUUUUCAGUCAGAUGAGAGCCAAUAAUGGAAUGUCACUAGAACAUGAUCAUUACUAUAUUAUGGUUGACUUACUCGCAAAAAAUGGACAAAUUAGAGAAGCUGAGAAAAUCAUUGCAAGCAUGCCUUUCCUCCCAAACGUCAAUAUAUGGCGUAGCUUUCUUGAAGCAACAAUAUGCAAUAACUUGUAAAUUAACUUUUGUAGAACAAAACUUCAUUAAUCUUUUGAUAAGGAUGCACUAUAUUU